AUGCAAGGCUUCAACCAGGGGCGGUAUGUCCCUCCAGAACUCGAGGGAACUACGACUGGCAACAAGCUUCACAAUCGAAGAACACCCGGCACCUUGCGUAAGGAUGGCACCCAGACUGUGCGUUUCGAGAUGCCGUUCGCGGUGUGGUGUCACACGUGUAAACCACAUGCCAUCAUAGGACAGGGUGUUCGCUUCAACUCGGAGAAGAAGAAAGUGGGCUACUACUACUCGACCCCAAUAUGGAGCUUCCGCAUGAAACAUACGGCUUGCAGCGGUACGAUCGAGAUCAGGACUGACCCUAAGAACACUGCAUACGUGGUGACAGAAGGUGGCAAAGCUCGGGACUACGGCGAAGCGGAAGAUCGGGUCAGAGAAGGCGAGAAUGGGGUGCCUAUCUUGACAGCUGAAGAGCGAGAACGAAGGCGAGACGACGCGUUUGCGCAGUUGGAGGGAAAGGCUGAGGAGAAGGCCCAGGUCAAGGACAACACGAAGCGCAUCCAGGAGCUUUACAGUGCCCGAGAGCGCGACUGGGACGAUCCGUGGAUGGCCAACAAACGCGCGCGAGAUUCUUUUCGAGUCGAGAGAAAGGCACUCAAACGCGAAGAAGAUGCCGAUGAGGCUAUAAAGGAUCGCAUAGGCACCGAUAUUGAUCUGCUACCGGCUACAGCAGAGGACAGUGCUCGGGCCAAGCUGGUCACCUUUGGAGAAGAGGAAACGACGCAGCAUAGAGACGAGGCAGGUUCCAGGCCCUUAUUUCGAACGCCUCUCACUCGAGUGUCCAAGUCGAAGCCGUCAAAACAAGCCAAAGACAGUCGGAAGGACGCCCUACGUCGACAAUUGUUGUCGAACACCCGAGCUACUCUCAAUCCAUUUGGAUAG